CAAUCACGAAAGAGUUCAUUGAAAGGAGCUCUGCAACUGUGCCGUCUUUGUGUUGACAUCCGCGGAGGAUUGAGAGUGUUUGAAUGGAUAUUACCAGGUGCACGGAGAAAUGGGUAAAACAAGACAAGGAGAGGCCUCCAACAUCCUCCAUGAUGCUGUCUAGCAAGAAGUCAGACGCUGGCUCUUCUGCCUCCUCGUCUUCAUCUUCCGCGGGAGCGGUGGGAGGUGAUAGGCCCCUUGUUUCUGAAACCCAGACCGGUACAUCCACCUCAGCUGCAGGUCCCAUGGAUGUAAAGAAGAAGGAGAGAUCAUCUCCUAGUGGGGAACCUGGAGGAGCCCCCAUGCCCCACCAAGCAGGCCCUGGUGGGGUAGACCAAGACUCAGCAGAAGUUCGCAGAACGAGUCGUCGCAAGCGAGCAAAAUUGCAGGUUCUUACGGGCGUGUGUGCCCGAAAAGAAACGGUGGAGUACCGCGAGAUGGACGAGAGCCUGGCCAAUCUGUCGGAAGACGAAUAUUACUCCGAGGAGGAGAGGAACGCCAAGGCGGAGAAAGAGAGGAAGCAGGUCAUCCCCCCACCACCUCCACCAGUAGAGGAAGAGAAUGACAGUGAACCAGAGGAACCAUCUGGUGUGGAAGGAGCUGCUUUCCAGAGCCGACUUCCUCAUGACCGUAUGACAUCCCAGGAGGCCGCCUGCUUCCCCGACAUCAUCAGCGGUCCCCAGCAGACUCAGAAGGUCUUCCUCUACAUCCGCAACCGUACGCUUCAACUGUGGCUGGACAACCCCAAGAUCCAGCUGACCUUUGAGGCCACAGCACAGCAGCUUGAAGCUCCAUACAACAGUGACGCUGUGCUCGUCCACAGGAUACACAGCUACUUAGAAAGGCACGGUCUCAUUAACUUUGGCAUUUACAAGAGAGUCAAGCCUUUACCCACAAAAAAGACCGGGAAGGUUAUAGUCAUUGGUGGAGGUGUGUCUGGCCUAGCUGCAGCUAGGCAGCUGCAGAGCUUCGGGAUGGAUGUUACAGUUUUGGAAGCCAGGGAUCGUGUCGGAGGCAGAGUGGCCACAUUUAGGAAGGGGAACUAUGUCGCUGAUCUGGGGGCCAUGGUGGUCACAGGCCUGGGAGGAAAUCCCAUGGCGGUGAUCAGUAAGCAGGUUAACAUGGAGCUUGCCAAGAUCAAGCAAAAGUGUCCACUCUAUGAAGCCAACGGCCAGGCUGGUGAACGGUGCACAAGUGUGCCAAAAGAAAAAGAUGAGAUGGUGGAGCAAGAGUUCAACAGAUUGUUGGAGGCCACCUCUUACCUCAGCCACCAGCUGGAUUUUAACUUCCUUAACAACAAACCUGUUUCUCUGGGACAAGCCCUGGAAGUGGUCAUACAGCUGCAGGAGAAGCACGUAAAAGACGAACAGAUAGAACACUGGAAGAAGAUUGUAAAGACUCAGGAAGAUCUCAGAGAUCUUCUAAACAAGAUGGUGAGCACUAAAGAGCGGGUGAAGGAGCUCCAUCAGCAGUACAAAGAGGCCAGCGAAGUCAAACCGCCCAGAGAUAUCACAGCCGAGUUCCUGGUGAAGAGCAAGCACCGCGACCUCACCGCACUCUGCAAAGAGUACGAUGAGUUGGUGGAGUUGCAGGUCAAGCUGGAGGAGAAGCUGCAGGAGCUGGAGGCCAAUCCACCCAGUGAUGUUUACCUGUCAUCCAGGGAUCGGCAGAUCUUAGACUGGCACUUUGCCAACUUGGAGUUUGCCAACGCUACGCCCCUCUCCACCCUUUCUCUCAAGCACUGGGAUCAGGACGAUGACUUUGAGUUCACUGGCAGCCACCUGACUGUAAGAAAUGGCUACUCUUGCGUUCCCGUGGCCUUGGCAGAAGGCUUGGACAUCAAACUAAACACGGCAGUGCGGCAGGUCCGAUACACAGCCUCUGGCUGUGAGGUGAUAGCAGUCAACACUCGCUCCACGACCCAGACCUUCAUAUACAAAUGCGACGCUGUGUUGUGCACCCUGCCUCUCGGCGUGUUGAAGCAGCAGCCCCCCGCUGUGCAGUUUGUUCCCCCGUUGCCCGAGUGGAAGACGUCUGCCAUACAGAGGAUGGGCUUCGGCAACCUCAACAAGGUGGUGUUGUGUUUUGACCGUGUGUUUUGGGAUCCCAGUGUCAACCUGUUCGGUCAUGUCGGCUCCACCACAGCAAGCCGGGGUGAACUCUUCCUGUUCUGGAACCUCUACAAAGCCCCGAUCCUACUCGCUCUGAUGGCCGGUGAGGCUGCCGGCAUCAUGGAGAACAUCAGCGAUGACGUGAUUGUCGGACGCUGCCUGGCCAUUCUCAAAGGAAUCUUUGGAAGCAGCGCUGUGCCGCAGCCGAAGGAAACUGUGGUCACCCGUUGGCGUGCAGACCCCUGGGCGCGGGGCUCCUACUCGUACGUCGCGGCAGGUUCUUCAGGGAACGACUAUGACCUCAUGGCACAACCCAUCACACCUGGUCCUGCUAUACCGGGAGCCUCACAGCCUGUCCCUCGUCUCUUCUUCUCCGGGGAACACACGAUCAGAAACUACCCCGCCACAGUCCACGGCGCCCUGCUCAGCGGGCUCCGCGAGGCCGGUCGCAUCGCCGAUCAGUUCCUGGGUGCCAUGUACACGCUUCCCCGACAGGCGACUCCCACAGCCGCCAGCAACCCACAGCAGGCUCAGCCCACCCCCAGUGUCUGAAAUUGCCUCUCUCAGUUCCUGCCAACACCAACUACAGCAUUUUCUUUUUGAGAAAAAUCCAAAAGUCUACCCAGAAACUGUUAUUUCUGUAUGUGAAAGAUCCUGGAAGUCCCAGACACAACUUUGCCUUUACUCAAGUAAUGACAAUUUGAGGAUUUAUUUUCUGGCUUUACAUAUGAUGUGAAAUUCUUUAACUGGAGCAUUUCAGUUCCUCAGACUUUUAUUUUGGGAUGAUCGUGACUGCACAUUUCCAGCAAAAUAUGGAUGUAACUGACUAAAAAGACUGGGUUAAAGAAGGAGGGUUGCAUACAAAUGUAAUAACUCAUCUAAGACUUUAUAAAAAUGUGAUUACUUUUUUUUUCCAGUCUUAAAAACAGAAGCAUGGCAUUACAUUUGGUACUCAGUGAUUCAGUGUAUUUAAUUCAACGUGGAGCAUGUUUGCAAAACCCAACAUCUAUUUAUAUGCCCCUGUCUAAAUACUACAUGUACACACAACCUAGAGCCAGAUAUCAUAAAAGACAGAUGACCAACUCAGUAGCACAGCCUCAGUCCACUAAAACUGUUCUGCUUAUCUAAGCAAAAGACAUUUCCCUCUGGUGUCAGUCCAGAGGCCUUGUCUUGGUUGUCUUAAAAUAUUGCUGUGUACUGUAGCUGUAUGCCUCCUAAAUUUUACCUUCUAUCAUUUAGGUUGCAGAGUGUAGUGAACAUAGUUUGUAUGAAAAGCUAAAAAAGACAUAUGUUGAAAGAAAUUUUGUUUCCAUAGCAGGUUAAGUAUUUUAUUAUGACUGUCAUCACAUACUUUUUUUAUAUAAUCUGUUUUGUUAUUAAAAUAUGACAGAAAAUGCA